GCUGUCAAUAUUUUAGAUGUUUCAAAUUGCCGCUAUUGCGAACCGUAUCAUAAAUGAUUUAUCUAUGACAUAUUAUCAUGCGUUAACAGUAUGGUGUAAUAUUCAAAAUUUAAUAUAGGUAUUAUACCCGUAAACCCUUGCUGUUUUGAGAAUGGACGACGAAAGAACGCAAGAAAGUAGAGAACAUAUAAUUUCUUGUGAUGGUGAAUAUACUCCUGUGGAGCAACGUGUUGAAGAUAUACAAAUAAAAGUGGAAGUAAAUGAUGUUGAUGAUGAACGGUGCGAGGUGGAUUCAGUGUUCAAAUCUGAUGUUGAAGUUAAAUCUGAACACCUAGAUUUUGCCAGUAAUGAUGUUGGGGAUGUAAGCGGCACUGGCGAUAUUGCCAAGGCAAAUAGAAUUGCUAGGACGACUGAAUCGAAUGUUCAUGAUAAUGAGGAUAUGUUUAUUGAUCAAGAGAAUGAUGAAACAGAUGAAGAGAAACCAUCUAUUUUUCCAGAGAUUUCAUUAAUUAUAGAACCUGAUCAACUUCAAUUUGAGAAUGAGCCACCAACAUGCUCAGAAACGAGUGCCACCCAUAAUUUAAGGCAAUUAACUGUAGCGUUAGAUGAUGUAUUAACAACCUCUCCUGAUCAUUCCAAAGACACAAGUGUACCACCAAAAGCUCUUAAAAUAGAUAGUGGUUGGAAGUGUCCGAGAUGUGAUUUCUCCUCUGAAUCAUUGAGCGCUGUAAAACGCCAUAUGAAGCAAAAUAAAAUGAGGCAGACGUGUAGAAAGGGCGGGAACUCCCUGAAAACGUUAAUUGCCCACAAAGACAACAAAAUAAAAAAAGUUUGCACUAAGGCAAGAAGCGUUUCUCAGAGUAUUAACUCGAGGAAGCCUGCAAAAUUGAAAAAGAAAGUAUGGAACAUUAAAAAUUUGUUUGGACUGUACAGGUGCCCAGAGUGUUCAUAUACUUCUGCCAUAAAAGCCUGCGUGGUAAGACAUUUCGUUUGCCACGAUAAUGGAACCAAAAUGUAUGAUUGUGAAAUUUGUAAAUUUAAAUCGAAGAACAGCACUCUGGCAAAACAUCAAAGAGAGGCCCACCCGAAUAUUUACGAUAGUUUGAGGUGCAUGGAGUGUUCUUUCACCUGUCAGGGUGUCAGUACGUUAGAAAAGCACAUUAGGGUGCGUCAUCCGCUGGCAGCACAAGAACAAACUUUGAAGGCUUUCGAUUCAAAACCAAACAAUUGCGAAUCGACCGAAACCCAAAGUGGUACCUCGACGCAGAAAGCGAGAGUAAGCAAAUGCUCGAAAUGCAAUUUCACGGGUUCAAAAUCGGCCGUCAACAACCAUCGGAAUAAAUGUCGCAAGAAAAAAACUAUUUCGAUACAAUCAAACAAGGCGAUUGAAGACCAAAGUCGGAUGGAGUUGAAGCGUCACGGCUCGGCACGGCAGGGCCUCAGAUGCGACUCGUGCAACUACCAAACCGAUUCGGCCAAACUCUUCGCCACCCACAAACAGUUUCACCAGCAGCAGAGCAUCCGUGACGCUCCCCCAGCCGAUGGCGCGAAGAAACAACCAGUCAACAAAUGCCCACUUUUCAAGUGUCAGGAGUGCGAUUUCCAGACGGAGAAGCGGUCGCUGAUGCAAAACCACCGCAGCAUCCACAUCAACACGCAGAAAGUGAAGAUUUACAAGUACAACAUCCGAGUGAACGGUAAAAACGUCACGAUCAACAUGUACACGUGCAGCAGCUGCUCGUACCAGACCAAGUCGUUCAACGCGUUGGUCAGGCACCAGAUGACGCAUCACCAGAAGGAGAAGAACUUCAGUUGCGACCGUUGCGACUUCAAAACGGGUUACAAGCAAUUUCUGACGCGGCACACGAAGAAAUUUCAUCCGCAGAAAGUUUCGCAUUCGAAACGCGCCCAAAACGUCAAAGAGGGGACCUCGGAAAUAUCUCCCGGCCAAAGCAUCAUUUUCGUCAGCUCCGACAGCGACAGCGACCGGUCGAAGAAACGAUCGAUCUCGAAGGUCCCCGAUUCGCCCCUUCCGUCGAAGAAGAAGAGACGCGACGUUAACCUCAAAAUGCUGUACGCCGACGACCCUUUCGAUUCCGAUAGUCACGCGGAGUCGGACUUGGAAAACCUGCUCGACUCGGCGCUGACUCCGAAGCGGCAGUCGGACGAAAGUUCCGUUUCCGAGCUCGAAAGGCUAUACGACCCCAGGGGGCGGGGCUUAAGGUGCCAGAGCUGCACCUACGUGACCGGCACGAGGCAAAAGUUCCUGAAACACGUGUCGAGUCACGGCGAGACGAAGCUCUACGCAUGCGACAGGUGCGAGUACGUGUCAUUCGAGAGAAGGGCUAUAGCCGGCCACCUGCUUGCGCACGCGCAGGCCUACGAGAUCUACCUGUGCGAUUGCGGCGUCACGAUGAAAACGAGCGAGAAACUGAAGUCCCACCAAGAGACGGAAUGCGCGUCUCGUUUGAAGGUGUGUGUGUGCGGGUUCGAGACGAGGAGCGAUUCAAAAAUGGAGAAGCACAAAGCGAAGGAGUGUCCUGCGAGAGCGAAACCGGAUCCGGACCCGCCCAAGGCUCCGAGGGACGUCGAGGUGGACGUUGUUGGAGACAAGUUCAAGUGUCCUGCCUGUUUCUACACGGCUAAGUACCACACGGCCGUCAAAACUCAUUACUUGAGGUGUCACGUUGGCGACUUCUAGCGCCACAGAGCGUAAACGACUCUCGGCGAUACGUUUUCCAUGGGCCGUAUCGGAUUUUGACAAUUUUGUAGUCCAAAAUGGCCGAAAUAUUUAGCUAAAAAGGAAUGUGGGGACUGGCAAUUUAAGAGCUCCAUCGAAUAUCCAUGACGACUUUUCGUUUUCCUAAAACCGUC